AUGUAUGAGACGGAGGGGCCGAAUCUCUUCCUUGAGUUGGGCCGAGACCCAGCCGUGCUCGACAUCGUGUCGGCUGCUCUGGGCACUGAUGACAUCUUCCUGUGGGCAGCCCAGAUCUUCUGUAAGCCACCGGGCACUGGAAGAACCGUGCCGUGGCACCAAGACGGCCAGUAUUGGCCCAUUGAGCCCCUCCAAGCUUUGACAGCAUGGGUGGCAGUGGAUAGCUCCACGAAAAGCAAUGGAUGUCUGCAAGUCCUGCCAGGCUCGCACGGAGCUCUCUAUCCGCACGAGCAGCGGCCGAGUGUAGAUGCUGCCAUCGACUUUGUCAUCCAGGAGGACGUCUUUACAAGCGGCCGUCUCAACGAAUCGAACGCCCACUUUAUCGAGUUGCAGGCAGGGGAAAUGGAGGUGCACCACCCGAACAUUGUCCACCGCAGUGCCCGCAACACCUCGCAAAACCGAAGAGCAGGAGUCGCUCUGGCUUACAUGCCAACAGAGUGCCUCUUUGUGCGAGACAAGAGGGCAGCCGGCGACGAACUUGGAGGCCUUGAUCUUGGUUAUGGGACGCGACCUCUCUUCCUUGUUAGGGGUGAGUGUCGAAACGGGGACAACGCGUUUGUUGUAGAUGCCCGCCCAUGA